GAGAGAGAGGUGAACUGAAGCGAACUGUCGCGGACUGACUGACUGUUGUUGAGGUUCCUGUUGGAGGUUUGCUGCUCGUUUUGCGGACUCUCUCUCUGUCGCGUUUUAUGAGCAGACGGACGUCGCUGCGCUCCACAGAGGUUUGUGGCGCUCCUCUUGAGUUUCCUGCUGUUACAUGGUAACACGGAGCUGAAGGUGACUGAAGGCUGUUAAAGAUGGCGGUGUGGAUCCAGGCCCAGCAGCUUCAGGGAGACGCUCUGCACCAGAUGCAGUCUCUGUACGGCCAACAUUUCCCCAUCGAGGUGCGACAUUAUCUCUCCCAGUGGAUAGAAGGCCAGCUUUGGGAUGCCAUUGAUCUGGAGAACCCACAGGAGGAGUUCAAGGCCAAACGGCUGCUGGACAGUCUGAUCCAGGAGUUGCAGAACAAAGCCGAGCACCAGGUCGGAGAGGACGGGUUCUUACUCAAAAUAAAACUGGGACACUAUGCCAGCCAGCUUAAGAGCACGUACGACCGCUGUCCUCUGGAGCUGGUCCGCUGCAUCAAACACAUCCUCUACACGGAGCAGCGGCUCGUCAGGGAGGCCACCAACGUGAGUUCGAGCUCCCCGGUGGGCGGGAUGAUGGACAGCAUGUCUCAGAAAUACCAGCAGAUCAACCAGGCCUUUGAGGAGCUCCGCCUGCUGACCCAGGACACGGAGAACGACCUGCGGAAGCUCCAGCACAACCAGGAGUACUUCAUCAUCCAGUACCAGGAGAGCCUCCGCAUCCAGGCUCAGCUCACCAGCCUGGCCACGCUGCCCCCUGCUGACCGCCAGCUCCGGGAGCCCGCCCUGCUCAACAAGAGAGCCACUGUGGAGGCAUGGCUGACCAGAGAGGCCAACACACUACAGAAAUACAGACUGGACCUGGCAGAGAAGCACCAGAAAACACUGCAGCUGUUGAGGAAGCAGCAGACCAUCAUUCUCGACGACGAGCUAAUCCAGUGGAAGAGACGGCAACAGCUGGCGGGCAACGGGGGUCCGCCGGAGGGGGGCCUGGACAUCCUCCAGUCCUGGUGUGAGAAGUUGGCAGAAACUAUUUGGCAGAACAGGCAACAGAUUCGGAGAGCGGAGCACCUGAGGCAGCAGCUGCCCAUCCCCGGCCCCAUCGAGGAGCUGCUCAACGAACUCAACAGCACCAUCACAGACAUCAUCUCAGCACUGGUCACCAGCACCUUCAUCAUCGAGAAGCAGCCUCCACAAGUGCUCAAAACCCAAACCAAGUUCGCCGCCACGGUGCGCCUUCUGGUGGGCGGCAAGCUAAACGUGCACAUGAACCCCCCGCAGGUGAAAGCCACCAUCAUCAGCGAGCAGCAAGCCAAGGCCCUGCUGAAGAACGAGAACACCAGGAACGACAGCAGUGGGGAGAUUCUGAACAAUAACUGUGUGAUGGAGUACCACCAGACCACCGGCACCCUCAGCGCCCACUUCAGGAACAUGUCCCUAAAGAGGAUCAAGCGGUCGGACCGACGGGGGGCCGAGUCCGUCACGGAGGAGAAGUUCACCAUUCUGUUCGAGUCGCAGUUCAGCGUCGGGAGCAACGAGCUCGUCUUCCAGGUGAAGACGCUAUCGCUUCCUGUUGUGGUCAUAGUUCACGGUAGCCAAGACAAUAACGCCACGGCGACUGUGUUGUGGGACAACGCUUUCGCAGAGCCGGGACGGGUGCCUUUCCUCGUGCCUGACAAGGUGCUGUGGCCUCAGCUGUGCGACGCCAUCAACAUGAAGUACAAGGCGGAGGUGCAGAGCAAUCGCGGCCUUUCGGAGGAGAACCUGGUCUUCCUCGCUCAGAAGGCCUUCAGCAGCUCCAGCAACAGCCCCGACGACUACCGGAGCAUGACCAUGACUUGGUCACAGUUUAACCGGGAAAGCCUGCCGGGGAGGAAUUUCACAUUCUGGCAGUGGUUCGACGGCGUUAUGGAGCUCACGAAAAAGCACCUCAAACCGCACUGGAACGACGGAGCCAUCCUGGGCUUCGUCAACAAGCAGCAGGCUCAGGACAUGCUGAUGUCCAAACCCAACGGUACCUUCCUGCUGCGCUUCAGCGACUCGGAGAUCGGAGGGAUUACCAUCGCCUGGGUGGCGGAAAAUCCCAACAAAGCAGGUGAGCGGAUGGUCUGGAAUCUCAUGCCCUACACAACCAAAGACUUCUCCAUCCGCUCGCUGGCCGACCGCAUCAGCGACCUCAACCACCUGCUGUUCCUGUACCCCGACAGGCCCAAGGACGAGGUCUUCUCCAAAUACUACACCCCGCCACUCUCUAAGGCGGUGGACGGCUACGUGAAGCCACAGAUCAAACAAGUCGUACCCGAGUUUGCUACAGCCAAUCCAGACCUAACGAGUGGAAAUCCAACCUACAUGGAUCAAGGCGCCUCCCCAGCUCCUGUAAAUCACCCCCACACCUACCAGAUAUACCCGCCCAUGAGCGACUCCAUGCUGGACACGGACGGGGACUUCGACCUGGACGACACCAUGGACGUGGCGAGGCACGUGGAGGAGCUGCUCCGGCGGCCCGUAGAGAGCCAGUGGGGCGGCCAGCAGUCCUGACCCCUGACCUCUUGAGCCCGCAUCAAAACCAAACAGACCCUGCCUCCCAACCUACCCCGCUCGUAUCGACAUGGUUUAAUUCCAAUCAUUUCUCUCUCUCUCUCUCUCUCUCUCUUUUUUUUUUCAUAAUGCGAUAAUGUGAAAUGUUCAAAAUGGUUGUGAUUUGUUUCUGUUUUCUUUUCAGCAUGAGCGCAUGCACGUCAGUGACUUCUUUUAGUUUAAUUUGUGUUCAUAAGUGUUUGUAAAGCAGACUAGGUAUAACGCCACACCUACAAUGUUACAGUAUUGUGAAAAAAAAAAAGAACAGAAGUAAUGUCCAUUCAUAUUGUGCAUGUAUUUCCAAUUGAUUUAAACUGAUUUUUAAAGAAAA